GCCGCUUACCUGACAAACCACCACCUGAGCAGAGCCAGGUUGCUGCAUCUACAAAAAAAAAACCAAAUUCAAGCCCACUCCAGAGAUUCCCCCACUCAGUCAGGCAUGCCAGAUAAGAAAUGCUCGGAGAUCGAACAAAAUGAUUGUGUGAUGCCAGUACGUUCUGCUAAUCCGAUACGCGCUAGAAGUUUGAUCCGAGACAAUUUGGAGAAACAGGCUGGUUGUCUAAAUUUAAUACACUCCAGAAUGCCGAACAUUAAAGUGUUUUCGGGUACCUCGCAUCCGGAUUUGGCGCAACGCAUUGUGGAUCGCCUUGGCAUUGAUUUGGGCAAGGUGGUUACCAAGAAAUUUAGCAAUUUGGAAACAUGUGUGGAAAUCGGUGAAUCAGUGCGCGGUGAAGAUGUUUAUAUUGUGCAAUCCGGUUCCGGAGAGAUCAACGAUAAUUUAAUGGAACUUCUCAUUAUGAUAAAUGCAUGCAAAAUAGCAUCAGCAUCUCGUGUUACAGCUGUGAUUCCUUGCUUUCCAUAUGCCCGCCAAGAUAAAAAAGAUAAGUUACCAGGCAGUGAGGAUAAUGCUGAAGCUAAGAAGCUUGCCAAGAAAAACUACGAUUGGAAAUUUAGGAGUCGUGCGCCCAUAUCGGCGAAGUUGGUGGCCAAUAUGCUGUCAGUGGCCGGAGCGGAUCAUAUUAUAACCAUGGAUCUGCAUGCCUCACAGAUUCAGGGUUUCUUUGAUAUACCAGUUGAUAAUCUCUAUGCCGAACCGGCGGUACUCAAAUGGAUAAAAGAGAACAUUCCCGAAUGGAAGAACUCGAUUAUUGUAUCACCCGAUGCUGGCGGUGCCAAGCGUGUUACUUCUAUUGCCGAUCGUUUGAAUGUGGAAUUCGCUUUGAUUCACAAAGAGCGCAAAAAGGCCAAUGAGGUGGCUUCAAUGGUUCUGGUUGGUGAUGUCAAGGAUAAAAUUGCCAUAUUGGUCGAUGAUAUGGCCGAUACUUGUGGCACUAUUGUCCAUGCUGCCGAUCGUCUUGUGGAGGCCGGUGCCACUAAGGUCUAUGCUAUAUUGACGCAUGGCAUUUUCUCGGGUCCGGCUAUUUCGCGUAUAAAUAAUGCCUGCUUUGAGGCGGUUGUUGUGACCAAUACCAUACCACAGGAUGGACAUAUGCGUGAUUGUCCCAAGAUACAGGUUAUUGUCACGUAUUACUGUUCCCUCCCACUCUUGCUCACUACAGUAGCAUUGCGCAACUGUGUCGAUUUAUGA